UCGAUCACCACGCGGCUAGGUCAGAAGUUUCCGUUAAACAGAAAUUGAUUACAAAAUUAUAGACAUCAAUAUCUCGAUUUUAAUAAAUCAGUAACGAAGACGUUGGAAGGUUUUCAUGUGUAGUUCGGAAACAGUGCAAUUUGUUGGAGUCAAAAGUUCACAACUUGAUAAGCAAUAUCCCAAAACGCGAACGCCUACCGAGCCUUUCUUGAUUGUCCGAAGUAGCAGUCAACUGCCAAUACCUCAUGUUUCAAAGUUCUUUUAACUAUCAAGUAGAAAGAUGUUAGGUGUUAAUCCACCUGGGUGGUAUUUUCAGCAAGGUUCCCAGCAGUACAACCAUGACCGUAACCCUUAUCCCUUACAAAGUGGAAGUCCUUCAUGGUCAUCAUUUCCGCCUAUUCCAUUUCAUAAUCAAAGCAAGUUUACGUAUCCGAAUGACUAUCCAAGAGCUUACCCUACCAUUCAGCACAUUCAAUCAUCUUUUUGCUACCAUGCCCAUUCCCAUCCUUCAUUUACUGAUCUGCAGACAUUUUACAAAAAGGAUGUUGAAACAAGAGCAUUCUUCCCAUCAACACAUGGAAGCUGGAAAAUGACAUAUGCUUCCCAGAAAUUCCAGCCUAAUGGUCAUUGUGUUUAUCACGAACAAGAAGCAGACUGGUUUGAUUUUGAUGAUGAAACUACAGAUGAAGAUUUUCAAACCGUCGAGCGAAGGUUUGAUUUAUUUCCUGUGCCCGAAGAACCUGUAUUGCCAAUUGAAAAAUUAACUGUCGCUAUAAUGGAUGAUUUCGAGUUCUACUGCGAUGAUGAAAAUUUCAUCCAGGUUUACACGGAUGGAUCAUUCAUCAACGGUCGUUACAAGCUGGUUGAUUCAGUUUCUGCCAUAGGAGUGUGGUUUGGACCAAAUCAUAAAUUGAAUGUCAGCCAACCAACCCGUCUUGGUGGAUACAACAGCGAUGGGGCUGAGCUUGAGGCCAUCAUCGAAGCAAUAAAAAUUGUUUGUUCGUGCGGUGUGGAUAAGGUUCAAGUUAACACAGAUAGUAAAAAUUCUGUUAGAUUUGUGACUUAUUUUAUUAGUAAAUGGGAAGCGAACGGAUGGCGGAAUAUAAAAGGAUUCCCUGUACGGAACCAGAACCUUAUCCGCCAGCUUUAUCAUUAUUCCCAGUUGGUUACCAUAAAAUGGAAUUACGUGCCUUCGUGUGGAGGAGUGCGAGGGAAUAUUGAGGCGGAUCGCCUUGCAAGGAUUGCCUCUGCCGCUUGUGCAACCGCUUCUGGCAAACGGAAAUCACGAUAUGUAUCUGUAAGGAAAAUUUCAGAAGAUCGUCCCAAUCGAAUGCAUAACCGGAAGCUGCAAAGGUAUUCUCCAUAUUGAAAAGUGAUUUCGUAUUUUCAGCACAGUGUUAGAGUCAGUCUUUAAACUUGGCAAGAGCAGGUUGCGCUUAACUUGUUUUUCUUCUAAUUAAAUUAAACUACAACGUUCUGCAAAAAAAAAAAAAAUACCUGUUUUCAUGAUUUGAACUUGUUCUUCCGUUCAGUUUUAUUUACAUUGCAGUCAAACAUCUUUUUGUUUAUGUAUUCAAUUUAUACUUUAGUAGACUGUUCAAGCUCACGUACAGUUUUCUUUCGCCUUUCAUGUUUCAAAUCAGAUGUGAAAAUAUAUGCAACUACGACAACGUU